AUGGAUUCGAAAUUUUAUUUUUUUCUAAACCAUAUUAAAUUAAAAAUAAGGCAAUCAAAAGUUAUAAGACAAAUGUGUAAUUUUUUUCAAUCUAAUCCUUUGAUAACAUAUAUGUUUAUAUAUUUAACAAUAUUAUAUACAAAAUCAAUGUAUGAUGAUUUUGUAGCACCACAACAUGUUGCAAUUCUAUCGACAACACAUUAUCCAGAAGACAAAACUGUUACAAUAUUAUUAAAUGCACAUAAAAAUUUUGACUCUCUUCAUCCAUAUAUAUGUAUAUCAACAAAUAAAACAAGCAAAAAAUUAAGUUAUGCGUUAACUGUUCAUGCAUUUCAUCCAAUACAUGUAUGUAAAUGGACUGCAUUUAUAAGUAAAUGUGAUGUUGUUGAAAAUAUGGAAAAAUUUGAAUUGUCAAUGCAAUCAGAUAUAGAUAAUAAUGCUUUAUCAUUACCAUAUAGAAAAGCAUAUGAUAAAAAAGGAAAAGUUUUUUCAUGUUUUUCACCAUUAUUUUAUAAUGAAAGAUGGCAAUUAAUGAUUGCAACAUUAGAAAUAUUUAAAGAACUUGGUGUUGAUAAACAAAUAUAUUAUAUUCAAUCUAUGGUAUAUGAUGUAUAUAAAGCUCUUAAUGCAUAUAAAAUAAAAGGUUAUGUUGAAAUAGAACCAUGGGCAAAAAUUAAUUUUGGUAAUGAAUUUGAUUUAGGUUAUGAUGUUAAUCAUGAAUUAGAUUGGAGAAAUCAAGCUUCAGCUCAUACUGAUUGUUUUUUAAAAUAUAAAAAUGCUGCUGAAUUUAUAAUGGUAGGAGAUAUAGAUGAUGUAUUAUUUCCACGUAUGGGUAGAAAUUAUUAUGAUGAAUUUACUUAUUUUUCUAAAAUUUAUCCUUCAGCUGCAGGUUUUAUAUAUGAUAGAUAUAAUACUGAAGUUACUGCAAAUAAAAAUGUCGAAAAUUUUAAAAUGAAUAAUUUAUUAUCUUCAUCAAUUGUAUUAAAUGAAUGGGAAGAUGGAAAAUAUGUUGUUAAUACAAGUAGAGUUGAUACUGCAUGGCUUCAUUGGCCAGGUAGAAUAAAAUUUGGUUAUCAUAUGCAAUUAAUACCAAAUGAAAAAAAUGUUAUGUUACAUUUUAGAAAAUGGAAAAUAAAAGAAUUAAUUAAUGGAACAGAAACAUUAAUUGAAAAAACUAAUAAAUCACAAUCACCAUUAUUUAAUAUGCAAAUUUAUGAUAUCAUAGAUAAAAGGGUAGUAAAUAAAAUAGAAAAUAAUUGGAGAAAAAAUUAUAAAAGUAUGCCUGAAUUAAAAUACUUACCUAAAACUAUGUAUUAUUAUUUAAAAAUUGCUAAAUGUUAUAAUAGAAUAUUUUAUAGUAUUGACAAAACUCCAACAUUAUGUCCUGGACCAAUACGUUGUGAUAUCCCAGAAAUUUCUGGUUUACAAUGUAUGGUUGCUCAUAAUGAACAUUUUAAAACUCAUUAUACAAAAAAUAAUAUAGUACUUCAUUAUGUUAACAAAAUUUUAUUAGAAAAAAAAAAUAAUGGAUGUUCAUUGUAA